AUGGAUUCUGAAAAGGCACUAGAGCUUGUGAAGCAUGGAGCUACGCUUCUCUUUCUCGACGUUCCUCAGCAUACACUUAUCGGAAUCGAUACUCAGAUGUUCACAGUGGGACCAGCUUUCAAAGGGAUUAAGAUGAUUCCUCCUGGUAUUCACUUUGUAUUCUAUAGUUCAUCGACCAGGGAUGGUAAAGAGUUUUCACCUACCAUUGGCUUCUUUGUUGAUGUUGCUCCUUCUCAGGUAAUUGUACGCAAGUGGAAUCAGCAGGACGAGUGCUUGGCCAAACUCCCUGAAGAAGAGGAAGAGAGAUACUCCCUAUCAGUCAGGAAUUUGGAGUUUGAUAAGCAUCUUGGCCCAUACAAUCUAAGUCAAUAUGGGGAAUGGAAGCACUUAUCUAACUACAUUACGAAGGAUAUUAUUGAAAAAUAUGAGCCAGUUGGAGGAGAAAUAACAGUCAUCUAUGAAUCUGCUAUUCUGAGUGGUGGACCUAAAACGGCAAUGGAAAGAGCACUUGAUGCACAGAUGAAGAAAAGCAGGUCUAAGACAACAUCUACUGAGCAACCCAAAGGAAAUAGGUUUUACUACACUUCUAUUCCUCGGAUUAUAAAGCACAAGGGAAUGUCUGGGCAGGAGCUGACCUCUAUGAAUCUCGACAAGACUCAACUGCUAGAAAGCGUAUUGUCAAAGGAGUACGAAGCCUCGGAAGACUUGCUUCUUGGCGAGCUACAAUUUUCAUUUGUAGCAUUUUUGAUGGGGCAGUCUCUGGAAUCCUUCAUGCAAUGGAAGUCCUUAGUUAGUCUUUUACUGGGCUGCACCGAUGCGCCCUUUCAUACAAGGAGUCAACUAUUUACAAAGUUCAUCAAAGUCAUCUACCAUCAACUAAAAUAUGGACUACAAAAAGAGAGUAGUGGUCCUGAGAUGGGCAUUCAUGCGCUUCUUGAUGAUUCUUGGCUAGCUUCUGAUAGCUUUCUUCACUUGCUUUGCAAGGACUUUUUUGCAUUAGUGGAAGAGGCGACUGUAGUUGAUGGAGAUUUAUUGUCGUGGACGAAGAAAUUAAAAGAGUUGCUUGAGAACAGAUUAGGAUGGGAGUUUCAGAAGAAGAGCACUAGUGAUGGGAUUUUCUUUGAGGAAGAUGACGAGUAUGCUCCUGUGAUUGAGAUGUUAGAUGAAAGUCAUGGAGAUUAUAUGGCUACUUAG